AUGGCACCCACCCUCGCAGAUCAGGUCGCAGUAGACCAAGUCAGCCAAGGAGAAUAUGUCUCCCGCCUCAACCCCAUCCGCAUGGGCAACGCCGCCCCAAUCGCCUACGGAGGUUGUACAGCAGGCGUAGCUGUAAACGCAGCAUGUCAAACAGCGCCUCCCACAAUGUCGCUCUACUCAGUCGUCGGUCAUUUCCAUGGUCCUGCAUCAACAGACCAAAAAUUGCACUGCAGUGUAACCAACACCAGAGACACAAGGUCUUUUGCCACGCGCAGAGUUCAGGUCAAGCAGCAACAGCCCAAUGGCAAGUUUCGCGUCUGCAUGGAGAUCUUGGCCGACUUUCACGUCAGGGAGACGUCGGAUUGGGAAUACUCUGAGGCGACGUGCUCAAAGUGGCCCAGAGCUGAGGACUGUCCGAAUGUGCAGACUUUGGUGAAGGAUCUCUUGGAGAAGGGGAAUAUUACUGAGGAUCAGGGUCAGGCUUUUAUAAAGACCUUUGCUGCAAACGCCGAAUUUUUCGAGACGCGAUACUGCACAGACGGCGUUUCAGCCCAGAACCUAACUGGCGCCGCCAAAGCAACCAAGACAACACAAGAAGACCGCUCCAUCACCGAUAAAGUAUCCGCAGAAUGGCAGCGCACUCUCAAACCGCUUGACAACCAAAUCGAGCACAUGAGCGCCCUGGCUUUUCUAAUGGACGGCGCGCUUUCCUUCUUACCACUUACGCAUAACCACAUGUGGUUUGACGACACGACUGCCUGCUCGACGCUGGACUUUGCGCUACGCAUCUUCGUGCCGGAGAUCAAUAUGAGCGAGUGGUACCUGAAGGAGCGCAAGACAUCAAGAGGUGGAGGAAACAGGACUUAUUCUGAGGGGAAGUUGUUUGAUAAGCAUGGCAAUUUGAUUGCGUCAAAUACGCAGCAAUCCAUCAUGAGAUUGAGGCCGGGUGUUAGUGUGGCCAAGUUGUAA